CGUCAAGAAUGAGGAGGUACAAAGGAAAAAAGAAGAGUAAAGAAGCAAGUAGACAAGUGGUACUUGAACCAAUUAGAAGAUCCUUGUACGAUGUAGUUCAAACAAACUUAAAGAUAGCAAAGAGGGUCACUUACAUUCACCGAUUGCUUUACAUCGGGGAGCAUUCUUUUACCCCUCGUGAAAUCGUCGAAGCGAUGGAAAAAAACUACAAAUUAACGAACACCGGAUACUGCACUGAACCCUUAUCCGGGAUCCUCCUCUACUACGCUAACCACUUCUGCUACAUAGCUGAAGGUUCAGAAGAAGCCCUCCACAAGCACUUGAGUCUUCUCUUUGAACACGAAUCCGAACGUCUCGAAAACGUGCGAUUGUUAUCAGCAAUCCACCACGUCAAAGCGCGUUUUUGGAACGAAUGGAUGUCGCAUUUUGGCCGUCCUGCCGAACGCGUCGAAGAGUUUGACUCUAACAGCGGCCUGGAAAGCUCCAUGAUGUAUGUGACAGAGUGUUGCGAACGUUUGUACAAAUUCGCCAAUGCGUUCAUCAGCGACCAGUUGAAGGCCCGCGCCAAGAGGGAAGAAGAGAGCGAUAGUUCUGGUGACGAUAAACCAGAUGUUGCGAAUUUGCAGCGAACGCGCAGUUUGGUCGAACGCGACCCUUAUUACGAAUACCUUCCCGAAGUGAAACUUUUGAGAUUUUUAAUCAAUUGCGAGUAUUUGAAGACUUUGAAACAGUAUCAUCGCUAUUACGAACAUAUCGGGCAAUCGAAGGACUUUAGCUUGAAAGCAUGGCCAGCACCGAAGAAUUUCAUCCCCUAUGAUGUUUUCGACGAAGAGUACGACCCGAUUUCGGACUUGCCAUCGGUUGAAGGACAAGACAUAGUCAAGGAGGAAGAGUUGGGUAGUUUAUUAUCAGCGUCGAUUCAAACAGGACAAGUUGAAGAUUAA